UGAUGAUGUAGGAUUGAGACGUUGGGAAUCCAGCUCCCUCGUAAAAAGUAAUGAAAUAGGGUUUAAAUGAAGAAGAGAUAACAAAUAUCUACUGGAAACUAUUUAUAAGUAACUCAGGAUUAUCUUUUGAUAUGGCUCCUAAACCGAAACAGAAGAAAGCUACUACUUCAAAGACUGCGCAAAUCGGCGGGGAGAAAGGCCUAACCGUCUCGGCGAAGCCUCGGACUCAAGUUGGAUCUCCUCCCGGUGAAGUGCAUCACACUUCUGAUGAUGCGGGACCGGAAGUUGUAGCAAUGUCGGUGGUCUCUAAGAAGAAACGGCAAGAACAACGCAUGCGCGAAGAAACAAGUAUGCAUGAACAGAUAUUAACAAAACUACAAAUCCCAACUACGGCUGGAAGUGAAUCGGAAGUGGAAUCAGACUCUUUGGGAAAUUCGGAGGAAGAAGAAGAGGAAAAGGAGGAAGAGAUUAAAGGAGACAUAAAAGAUAUCCUGAUAUAUAUUAUGAAUGAAUUAAAAGCUAUAAGAAGGAUGCAGAAUACACUCGAUAAUGUGGUGGAAAAACAAAAGAAGAUGGAUAAUAAAGUUAAAGAGAUGGAAGUAAAAGUGGAAGAAAACACUGAAAGAAUAGAUAAGAUAGAAGACAAUAAACUUGCCUGGACAAUAGAAAGAAAAUGGAUGUUGGAAAAAAUAAAUGCGCUUGAAAACUCUAGUAGACAAAAUAAUAUCAAAAUUGUUGGUCUUAUUGAAGGUACAGAGGGAAAAAAUCCAAUAAAAUUCUUUCAAGAAUGGAUUACGAAAAUUUUGGAAAUGAAAGAAGGAAGCCAAAUAAUUGAAAUUGAAAGAGCACACAGAGCUUUAAGACCAAGACCUCAACAAGAUCAAAAUCCAAGAUAAAUUUUGAUAAAAUGCUUAAGGUACCAAGAUAAAGAAAUGAUCUUGAAGGCAGCUACUCAAGGUGCUAAAAAGAGAAAUGGGCCAUUGAUAAUAGAAGGGAAAAGAGUUUUUUUUUAUCCAGACAUAAGUUACGAUCUUCUGAAGAGGCGGAAGGAAUUUAAUCCAGUGAAAAAAUCUUUAUGGGAAAAGGGCUAUAAAUUUUUAUUGAGCUACCCAGCAAAAUUGAUAAUUUUCCUGGAUAACGAAGAAAGAUUUUUCGUUGACUACCGGAAAGCGGAGAAAUUUGUACAAGAAUUACCCGAUGUCCACGAAGAGAAGUAAAGAAUUAUAGAAAUGAUGAAGACUGAAACAAGAGUUACUUCAAGCAUUUUGUCUUCGUGGUGUAGUUUUUGCCAGGAUAUUGACUCACCAGCAGUUGGACCUUCCAGAUACUGGCCUGGUUAAAAAACCCCCAAAGCGAUGGUGAAGGCAUUAGGAUACACUGUUUCGUGCAUGUUGAUCCCGUUGCUCAGUUCAUCUAAAGCCAGAUUGACAUUGGCCUGAGGUGGAAUGUAUACCCUUACGAAAAUGAUCACGGAAAUCUCCUGUGGUAAGUAAAAUGGUCAGCACUUAACUGCGAGAUACUCCAGCCCUUUGGUCCACAAUGUUGUGCCGAUCAUGUAACCUACACUGGAUGCUGCCUAGAAUUUCCCGACCGUAUAGUCCUCUAUUUUUCUAAGCCCCAUGUACCUAUCUCUCUUAAAAGACCCAAUUGUAUCAGCCUCUACCACCGUCACUGGCAGUGCAUUCCACACACCCAUCACUCUGUGUGUGAAAAACUUAUCUUUGACAUUCCCCCUAUAUCUACUUUCAAGCACCUUAAAACUAUGCCCCUUCACAUUAGCUAUUUCAGCCCUGGGAAAAACCCUCUGGCUAUCCACACGAUCAAUACCUUUCAUCAUCUUAUACACCUCUAUCAGGUCAUCUCUCAUCCUCCAUUGCUCCAGGGAGAAAAAGCCAAGUUCACUCAACCUUUUCUCAUAAGGCAUGCUCUCCAAUUCAGGCAACAUCCUUGUAAAUCUCCUCUGCAUUCUCUUUAUAGUAUCCGCAUCUUUCCUGUAGAGAGGUGAC